AUGGUGGUGGUGGCGCAAACCAGGGUCGAACGAACACCCUCAGGUCCCAGACUGCAAGCCAGAAGCACUCCAGCCCCGGUCCAGACGCCUUUCUGCAUGCACCGGUCCGAAGAGGGGGCAGAGGCAAACGAGCUGAGACGCACCGGCCGCGGCAUGCAACUUGCAGCAAGAGUGGUGAAGCGAAAGGGGCAGCUAGGGUCGCGAACAGCCACGGCUAGCCGAGGAAGCAGAGAACGAAGCGACCGAGCAGUGAGUAGACCACAGCGGUGCAGCACGUACUCAGUGUGCGGGUGA